CCAUGCACCGGGUCACAUGAAGGAGCAGGCUGGUAGCAUGGGACUUACGCUAGGCCUUGUGCUCCUCAGCUGUUACAUAGCUCGUGUUCUUGUGCCAUGCAUGAAAUAUGUUGAAUCGAGGGGUAUUUAUGUAAGGGAUGCACCUCUGAAGGACAUAAAAGUGUUCAACUUUCGACGAUUUGUAGCUCUUUUUAGUGUGGUAAAUGCCACGAAGCGGGACGCUGGCAACUAUCGCUGCAUGAUUCGGACAGAAGGAGGAGUUGGUGUAUCAAACUAUGCAGAACUGAUAGUCAAAGAGCCACCCGUUCCCAUUGCUCCGCCUCAGCUGUCCUCAGUUGGCGCAACUUACCUGUGGAUACAGUUGAAUGCCAAUUCUAUCAAUGGGGAUGGACCCAUUAUUCAAAGGGAAGUUGAGUAUCGAACUUCAAGUGGAAGCUGGUAUGACAUACAACCUGUGGACUCCACAAGCUACAAGAUUGGGCACCUGGAUCCUGACACAGAAUAUGAAAUCAGUGUAUUACUUACAAGACCAGGUGAAGGAGGAACUGGAUCUCCUGGCCCAGCUCUCAAAACAAGAACAAAAUGUGCUGAUCCAAUGCGUGGGCCACGAAAACUAGAGGUUGUGGAGAUCAAAUCUAGACAAAUCACUGUUUGCUGGGAACCAUUUGGAUAUAAUGUCACACGUUGCCAUCGAUACAAUCUCACAGUGCAUUACCGUUACCAGGCUGGAGGACAAGAGCAAGUGAGAGAAGAAGUAAGCUGGGAUACAGAAAGUUCACAUCCCCAGCACACAAUUACUAAUCUAUCACCAUACACAAAUGUCAGCAUCAAAUUAGUACUAAUGAAUCCCGAAGGACGAAAAGAAAGCCAAGAACUUGUAGUACAAACUGAUGAAGAUGUCCCAAGUGCUGUGCCACUUGAAUCCAUCCAAGGAAGUACAUUUGAAGAGAAGAUUUUUCUCCAGUGGAGAGAGCCAGUGCAAACAUAUGGUGUGAUUACUUUGUAUGAGAUCACCUACAAAGCAGUCAGUUCCUUUGACCCAGAAAUAGAUUUAUCCAAUCAAAGUGGACGAGUCUCAAAGCUGGGAAAUGAAACACACUAUCUCUUUUUUGGAUUGUAUCCUGGCACUACCUACUCUUUCACCAUCAGAGCCAGUACAGCUAAAGGCUUUGGACCUCCAGUCACAAAUCAGUUCACCACUAAAAUAUCAGCACCCUCUAUGCCGCCGUAUGAACUUGAAACACCUUUGAAUCAAACUGACAGUACUGUGACAGUCUUGCUGAAACCUGCACAGAGCAGAGGCGCUCCUGUCAGUGUCUAUCAAAUAGUUGUUGAAGAAGAACGCCCACGGAGAACCAAAAAGACAACCGAAAUCCUGAAGUGCUACCCAGUGCCCAUUCAUUUCCAGAAUGCCUCACUUUUGAAUUCCCAGUACUAUUUCGCUGCAGAGUUUCCAGCCAAUGGUUUACAAGCUGCUCAGCCUUUUACUAUUGGUGAUAACAAAACCUACAGUGGUUUCUGGAACACUCCUCUUCUUCCUCAUAAGAGCUAUAGCAUCUAUUUUCAAGCUGCUAGCAGAGCCAAUGGGGAAACCAAAAUCGACUGCGUCAGGGUAGCCACAAAAGCUGCGAUAAUCGUGACUCAGCUUACAACACCAUACAUUCGCAUCGCCCCUGCUGCAGGCGACGACCAACUAACAG